CACCCAAGUUCCCUUGUGCAGCGGUUUCUUCUUUCUUUCCACUCGACUCAUUUUUAUUCUUACUUCUGCAAUACGAGAUAUAAAGAAUUACACUACACUGAAAGAAACAAAGUCAAAAUAACCUUUGUAAAAAGAAACCAUGUCUGAUAGUCCGGAUGACCAAAUCAACGCUGAUUCAACGACAAGCACCUUCACAUCAGCAUUGUGGUUCAAUGCCGCCAUUGGUAUUGGUCUAUUUGGUGUCUUUAGUAUUCUAAGAACGCGACGACCGCAGACGUACGAACCAAGACUUUAUGCCGUUGACAAAAGUCAUCGACCUCCUCAGCUUUCGAGAGGGUGGUUUCUUUGGAUAUAUCAGCUAUUCAAAAUACCAGACGAAGAUUUGAUCCGGUAUAUGGGGUUGGAUCGAUUCAUGAUCCUGAAAUUUUUACGCAUGGGCAUGGUGGUCUUUAGUUUAUUUUCCAUCUUGGCCAUUCCUAUCUUGAUCCCAUUGAAUAUUAUCAAUCAAAACAAUUCACCGGGAUUAAACAUACUCACCAUGGGUAACAUCAAAGACUCUCAAAGAACAUGGGCUCACUUGAUCCUCUCCAUUGUUCUAACAGUGGGCGUCAUUUAUUAUACCUACCGUGAAACGCGCAAGUACAUCAAACUUCGGCGUAGCUUGCUUCUCAGUCCCGACUAUGCCAAAUCCGUCGUUGCACGUACCAUUUUUAUUCCAUCCAUUCCUGCCCGUGUCAACAAUAUCGAUGAUUUGAAGGGCAUCUUUGACAAGUUCCCCGGCGGUGUGCGUCGCGUAUGGCUCAACAGAGAUGUGAAGAAAUUGCCUGACAAAGUGGCCGACCGAGGACAAAAUGUACAGAAACUCGAAACUGCCGUAACAAAAGCCAUCCUAGCCUCUUACAAAUACCAUGCCAAGAAAGAUAUACCCUUGGAAGAAGGCACCACACCAGGCAUCCCCGAAAAGCUUCGUCCUACCCAUCGGGUGUCGCCAUUGCCUAUUCCUAUCCCUUGCAUUGGACGCAAAGUCGACUCUUUGAAUUAUUAUCGUGAACAAAUUCGUGAUCUGAAUGAAGAAAUCUCGGCCGAACAGCGCGCCAGCACCAGAUACAGGCAAUACAACUCGGCCUUUAUCGAAUUCAACUCGCAGGUAGCAGCCCAUAUGGCUGCUCAAACCCUCAUUCACCACAAAGAGUUAUCAAUGGAACCACGCUACAUUCAAAUCUCUCCCGACGAUAUUAUCUGGGAAAAUAUGGGCAUUCGUCCUUACGAACGUCUCGUUCGACGUGUCAUCAGUAUAGGAAUCACCACGGCUAUCGUCAUUUUCUGGGCCAUUCCAGUGGUCUUUAUUCAGUUGGUUGCGAAUAUUGAUGCUUUAGCCAAAGUGCUUCCGUUUCUGAAACCCAUGGAAAGCUGGAGUCCUACGAUUGUUGGUAUCAUUCAGGGUAUUUUGCCAGCCGUGGCCUUGGCCAUCUUGAUCGGCCUUGUUCCCGUCAUCUUUGCCUGGUUGUCAAAGAUGGAGGGGAUUCCACAGAAAUCAUUCGUCCAGUUAUCCCUGUUGCACAAGUACUUUUUCUUCCAGUUUGUGGAUGUCGUUCUCGUAUCUACGAUUGCUGGUGGUGUGAUCCAAGCGUACUCCAAGAUUAUUCAGAAUCCUCUCAGUAUCGUUAAUACGUUGGCGGAAAACUUGCCCAAAGCUUCAACCUUUUUUAUUACCUUUGUGAUGCUUCAGGCAACCAAUGGUUCUGCUCAAGCCAUCCUUCAGGCCGUCCCAUUCAUUCUUUCCUACGUUUUCCCUUUCCUCUGGACCACCCCUCGCGACAUCUAUAGAGCCAAAGUCACACUGCAGAAUAUCAACCUCGGUACUCUCAUUCCAUCCCAAAGUGUGAUCUUUAUUCUCGGCUUGGAAUAUGCUGUCAUUGCUCCCUUGAUUCUUCCCUUUGUCUGCCUCUAUUUCUAUCUGCAGUAUUUUGUCUACCUGUACCAAUUUUUGUACGUGUACGAAAUGCAGUAUGAAACCUUUGGUCGAGCCUUCCCCCGUGCUAUUCGUCACGUCUACAUUGGCAUGUUUACUUGGCAACUCACCAUGAUUGGUCUAUUUGUGCUUCAAGGCGAUGCCAUUCCUCAACUCGUGAUCAUGAUUAUCACGCUCGUUGUUUCUUGUUGCGCUCUCUACCUUUACGAUAUAUCUUUCCAGCCUUUAUUCAAGUAUCUGCCUGUGGAAACCAUCAAUAUCGAGGAAGCCAAGAAGCGUGAGAGUCAGCUGUUCAAUGACAACAGCAAAGAUCAAAUGGUCAAAGCAGGCGAAUCGUCCAAGGAUGAAGACCGUAAAGCGCUGACGGAAGUGGAUGCAUCAGACAGCAGCAGCAGUCGAUUUACAGCGGACAGCAAUGGUCUUCAUCACCGCACAACGGCACGGUCAUCUGCAGAGAAUGAUGAAGAUGCACUGCUCAAAUCUGUGGAUGCUUACGCGGUUCGUGAUAAGCUCAGCAACACCAUUGAUGUCAAGGCGAAGCAUAUUGAGGAUUCGCGAAAUCCCGACGAUACAAAGAAAGACGAACAAUCGUUUGUCAAGACGGCCAAGGAUAUGUAUGAAGUGGUGUCUUACAUGAACCCUGCUUUAACAGCCAUGCAGCCCAUUGUAUGGUUACCGCAAGACGAAUUAGGCAUCACACAAAACACCAUGGAACAAUUGCAGGCAGAUAAUAUCCACACCUCGGAUCGUAGUGCCACCUGUUUCCAGUACAAGAAAGGAAAAGGAAAGGUCAGAAUCGAUGAACAACGGCUUGUUUGGGACGGCGAAGGCAUGCCAGGAUCACCACGAAAUACAGGUCAACUGUCCAAGGUCAACGACUUUGUUCGUGUGGUGGCCGACAAUUACAACGUAGUCGACGCUCUCGGAGUGUCUCUAUAGUAGUUGAACAUUUGCUUUUUUUUUUCCCUCAAAUUAUUUGCCUACCAUAGCAUUUAUUUUUUAUUGAUCCCUUGCUUCGUUGCCUCUUUACAUUCUUAUUUCUGUAGCGCCUAUAAAAUAAUACGAACCCUAACAAAAGGGUUAUUAUCCGUUGCCUGAGCGCGGUGAUAUUA